AUGAUUAUACGACUGUUUAGACAAGUAGCUGCCAGAUCAUCACAUAACAGAUUCAGCCUAAGGCGACCUCUCCAUGAGUCAACUGGGCUACGAAACUCUCCAGAAAUGAAUGAAUCUCCACGUAUCAACCAGGUGGGGAUUCAAUACUUAUCAAACCAGUUGCACAAAAAAGUCUUUCCCACCACUGAAGUAGAUGACUACGUCAAACCAAAACAUCCAGAACUACUAGAAAUGGCAAAAGAUCAUCUACAGGCCAAUGACCUACUCGGGAAAAAGACACAAAUUACGGACCCCAUCAAUAUCAAUCACUUCCCCGACUUGGUAGGCAAAACCCUUGAUGAACAUUUUUACAAACUAGGGCAAAAUUCUUCAGAACCAUAUCUUUCAAUGGCACGAAAUUUUCUCCUGCCAAAAUCAUCUAUACCGCCCAUACCGUCACAAGACGAAUGGAUUAUGCAGCCAGGGUGGACCAGAUAUACACAGAAUGAAGAGCCCGAACAAGUUCCGUACCCACUCGAGGACGAGCUUGUGUUUGAUGUUGAAGUUCUUUACAAGGUAAAAAAGUUUCCGAUAAUAGCCACUUGUGCAUCAUCCAAAGCGUGGUAUGGCUGGGUAUCUCCAGUACUACUCGAAGCAAAUGACAGGUGGAAAAAGACAAUCGACUACAACCAUUUAAUACCCAUGAACUGCGCUAAGCAGCCUAAAUUGAUUGUUGGUUACAAUAUAAGUUAUGAUCGAGCGAGGAUAUUAGAGGAGUACAACAUCAAAAGAUCAAAGGCGUUUUUCCUCGAUGCGAUGGCUAUGCAUGUAGCAAUAAGUGGGAUUUGUUCUCGACAGCGACCCAAGUGGCAAAAAUUCAACAAAGCUCAAGCCAAAGCUGCAGAAGCAGAAGCAGAAGCAGAAGCAGAACAAGAGCGUGAGGAGGAAGAACAAGAAGAUGAUGACUACGACCCUGCUAUUUCCAUCCAAGAAGAUCCGUGGUUAUUGACAGGCGCACCGAACUCACUUGCAAAUGUUGCCAAAUUUCAUUGCGGGGUAGAAAUGAACAAGAGCGAUCGGGAAUUCUUUGCAUCGGAAGAUCCUCGAGUUAUUGUGAAAAACUUCAAUCUUUUGAUGAAUUACUGUGCACAUGAUGUCGACGCAACAUUCAAAGUGUCCAAGAAACUUUUGCCCGACUUCUUUGCAAAAGUUCCACAUCCAGUAUCGUUUGCUGCUUUGAAGCACUUGGGGUCUUUGAUCUUGCCAACAAGCACAAAGUGGAAACGCUAUAUAGAGUCCGCAGAAGCAUGCUAUGACGCCAAUAGAGCAGAGGUGAAUGACACUUUGAAGAAAUUGGCAUUCGAUUUGAUUCAGUUCAUUGAGAAAAAGGACCCAAAAUUGAGACCAGAGUAUGAAUCAGACCCCUGGUUGAGUCAACUAAACUGGGAUUUGAAAAAGGGUAGAUUCAAAAAAGAUGGCACGCCUUACAAGAGAAAUGCGUUUCUCACCGGAUACCCUGAAUGGUAUAGGGAUUUGUGGGGAUCGAUAUCCCCCGCGGGAACUCAAAUGAAUCUUACUUUAAAAACCAGAAUAACACCAUUAUUGCUUAAACUAAAGUGGGAAAAUUACCCGCUUUUCUGGACGGAUACAGAAGGGUGGUGCUUCAAAGUGCCCUUUGAUGAGCAAGUAUUGGCGGACUUGUUUACGAAGAAUUAUACACGCGCAGAACUAACCCCAGAGGAAGCUGAUGAAGUGCAUGACAAAUUGUACGAGGAUGGUAAGUCGUAUGUUUUGUUCAAAGUGCCUCACCCUGAUGGUCCCAACAAACGAUGCACGUCGGUCUUGUCGAAAAACUACAUGAGAUAUUUUGACGAUGGCACAUUAACCUCCGAGUAUGACUAUGCCAAGAAGAUUUUGAAACUCAAUAAUGAAGCUUCGUAUUGGAUGGGCAACCGUAACCGGAUAAUGGAUCAGUUUGUUGUUUACAACAAAGAAGGCAAAAAUAAGUUCUUUGACACAAAGAAGGAGGGUCAAGAACAUAAAGAUAUGGGCAUCAUUAUACCAAACUUGGCUUCCAUGGGUACAAUUACAAGGCGUGCAACUGAAAACACAUGGUUAACGGCGUCCAAUGCUAAAAGGAAUCGGAUUGGGUCGGAAUUGAAAGCCUUGAUUGAAGCACCAGAGGGAUAUUGUUUUAUUGGAGCCGACGUUGACUCAGAGGAAUUGUGGAUUGCCUCAUUGGUAGGCGAUUCCAUGUUGGGAAUACAUGGAGGAUCUGCUCUAGGUUGGAUGACAUUGGAGGGAGAGAAACUGCAAGGUACCGAUUUGCACUCGAAAACGGCAAGCAUUCUAGGAAUAUCUCGAAAUGAUGCCAAAGUGUUCAAUUAUGGUCGAAUUUAUGGUGCGGGAAUAACAUUUGCCACGCGAUUGCUAAAGCAGUUUAAUGGCAAUCUUUCCGACACGAAAGCUGAUGAAAUUGCUCAGAAGUUGUAUGCCAGCACCAAAGGAAUGACUCAGAACCCCAGGUCUUUGGGUCUGAAAAAGAUUUACUAUGGUGGCAGUGAAUCCAUCAUGUUUAAUGCUUUGGAAGCAAUUGCACAACAACCCGAACCCAAAACUCCAGUAUUGGGAGCUUCAAUCACUGAUGCUUUGAAUGCCAAGAAUUUGAAAAAGAAUACGUACAUGACAUCUAGAGUCAAUUGGACCAUUCAAAGUUCAGGAGUUGACUACUUGCAUUUAUUGAUUGUGUCAAUGGAGUACUUGAUUGAAAAGUAUGGCGUUGAUGCAAGAUUGGCAAUCACCGUGCAUGACGAGUUGCGAUAUCUUGUCAAGGAAGAGGACAAGUACAUGGCUGCUUUACUUUUGCAAAUUAGCAAUUUAUGGACGAGAGCCAUGUUUUGUGAGCAGUUGGGUAUCAAAGAAGUUCCUCAAUCGUGUGCGUUCUUUUCUGAAGUUGAUAUUGAUCAUGUGUUGAGGAAAGAAGUUGGUAUGGACUGUGUAACUCCAUCUCACCCUGAUCCCAUUCCACAUGGAGAAUCAUUAAACAUCAACCAGUUGUUGGAAAAGACUGGUAAUGGAGAAAUUUUGAACUGCAAUCCUAAAUUGAUGACACUCAGGACAAGGAAAUAUGAGCCUAGGGUUCCUGUUAUUCAAACGUUGCGAAGUGGAUGGACUGAACAAGCUAGAAUACAAUUGGUUAAAUUGCAAACGUCGAUCAACAAAGAAGAAUGGAUAAAGAAUUUGAGGGAGUUGAAUAGAAUAAUCAGGACUUAUGUUACCGACGAGCAGAAGGAGAUCUUGACCAAGUGGCAUGAUGACCGUGUUAAAGAAAAUUCACGACAUGUUGUUUACAAACGCGAUCGCAAAAAGAUAAAGCUGAAGAAAGAGGAGAAUAAAGCGGUAGAGGAUUAUGACUUGGAAGUGAAACCUUUGGAGCAAAAUAGUGGAGGCAAGGGGGAAAAAACGGGAUCUAGAGCCAAAAGGAGUAAGAAGGAGGUAAUUGAGAAGCAAGUGGAAUUGAUGCAAGAAGAAUCGACAAUGAAUGAAAACACAAUUGUUGGGGUAAAGGAUGGGAGAUCCGCACACGCACUCAAAAAAGGUGUCAUUGACAAGCCUACUCAACCCAGUUUGCUAUCAGUUGUAGAGACAAAUGACGAAUCCAAGUCGCAGUCGCAGGAGAAGUCAAGCCAAGACUCCGUACAAGCAACUGAAGCUGCAACUACAGCUGUGAAUCCACCUAUGCCAUCUCCUUCUUUCAGCAAUGUUGAUAUACACCGCAAACCCCCACUCCAACAACCACUUGAAGCACCUUCUUCAACCACUACACCCCAUCAUUACACCAGAAGCAGAGCUUUUUCUUCAAAAAUGGGGUUUGCACGCAAGGUGAGUUAUCAUACACUGACUCUGCACUUGUAUCAAGCGUACUUGAAAUGGCAUAGACGUGAAGGUAUGUCCGAUGUCUCCAAUUGUGGCGGUACUAGAUCAAAUCAAUUAAUGGUUGAUUCUGAUCGUAAAUGUUAUUGUUGUGAUCGAUUCGAGACAAGAUAUCGGCUGCGUCGACGACAGUGUUGA